AUGAGAAAAAAAUUUCAUCAGCGAAAGUAUUCCAGAGACUUGUUGAAGAAAUUUGGAAUGUUGGAGUGCAAGCCUAUUGCAACUCCAAUUGAACCAAAUGAUAAAAUGUGUGCACAAGAAGGAAAAAAUUUAGAAGAUAUGACAAAGUAUCGGCAAUUGGUAAGUAGUCUGAUUUAUUUAACUCAGACUCAACCCGAUAUUUCUUUUGAAGUUGGUGUGAUGAGUCGCUACAUGCACAAUCCAAAGAAGCACCAUAUGGAGGUUGCUAGACGAAUGCUAAGGACUCGUCGUUCAACUAUUGGAUUUGUGUUUAAGCUUGGUGCUGGAGUAGUUUCUUGGUGCAGCAAAAGGCAGCCAACAGUGUUGUUGUCAACAACAAAAGCUGAGUAUCGGACAACAAUAGUUGCAACUCAAGAAAGUACAUGGCUUAUGCUGAGCAACUCCUUCUCUGCAAAAUAG